AUGCGAGGGCCGUCGCGUCGCGUCGCGUCGCGUCGUCGCGGUCCGCCGAGAUGUAUCGGCGUGCGCGUCGGGGCGAGCUCCUCGGCUCCGCACGUCGUCCCCGGUAAUUUGAUUGGGGCCGGGGCUUGUCACCUAUGCGCCGCAGCCGGGCCGGCCGUCGCUCGGCGGCUAUCGAUUAGAGCGGUAACCCCUCCCCGCCUCCCCCGCCCCGGCCUCGCGCCGCACCGCCCGCGAACCGGAUCUCGUCACGCCGCCAUUGUGUACCCGCGACGCUUAAACGCAUUCGUUUCUCCCGAUGCGAAAACGACGCAUUCCUUCCGCGCUCGCCCCCGCCCCGCGGACCCCCGCUGCCCCCCCGCGCCCUCCGCCCCCUCGCCGGCAAGCCACCGCCACAGCCACGGGACCGCACCGACGUCCGAUCCUUGCGUUACUUUUACGGCCCGCGGGCGUCGCAAUGAUGCCCGCGAUGUUGCCCGCAAGCCACGCGCGAGGCCACAUGCGCCACCCUUGCACGGUUGCAAUCUUUACGAACGAACUGGUCUUUCAUUAAGCAGAAAAAAACAUAGCGUCAUCAAUCAACAAUACUGUAAAACGACA